UGGUUCUACUUGUUAGACCGCUUUGAGGAGGAAUCAGAACUUUUAUUCUGGUGCUGUCCUUUGCAGCAAGUGGAUCAGUUUUUUCCCUGGAUUCUAUAUUGUGUAGUGCCUCUAUAUUCCUUUUUUUUCAACUAUCGCCGGUCAGCAGAACCUUAGUAACUUGGAAUUGGAGCGGUGGCCCCAAAAUGAUACUAAUUAAAUCAACCGUGGUCGCCCUGCUCUGCCUGGCGGCCGUCCAAGCUGAGCUGGCUAGGGUGCAACUGCACAAGACCGAAAGUGCCCGGCAACAUUUCCGCAAUGUGGACACCGAAGUUCGUCAGCUUAGGCUGAAAUAUGGAGAGCUUACUGGACCGGUCCCGGAACCCUUGUCCAACUAUAUGGAUGCUCAAUACUUCGGUGCCAUCUCGAUCGGAACUCCUCCGCAGAGCUUUAAGGUUGUUUUCGACACUGGGUCAUCCAACCUGUGGGUACCGUCGAAGGAAUGUUCGUUUACCAACAUCGCUUGUUUGAUGCACAACAAGUACAAUGCCAAAAAGUCAUCGACCUUCGAAAAGAACGGAACGGCCUUCCACAUCCAGUACGGUUCAGGUAGCCUGUCCGGAUAUCUGUCUACCGAUACCGUCAACAUCGGGGGGAUUGAUAUCAAGAAGCAAACCUUCGCCGAAGCCAUCAAUGAACCGGGUCUGGUGUUCGUCGCUGCCAAAUUCGAUGGUAUCCUUGGACUGGGCUACAGCUCGAUUUCGGUUGAUGGAGUCGUACCUCCGUUCUACAACAUGUUCAACCAAGGACUGGUCGAGUCCCCGGUGUUCUCGUUCUAUCUGAAUCGGGAUCCGAACGCCGCUGAAGGUGGUGAAAUCAUUUUCGGAGGAUCUGACCCGAACAAAUAUACCGGUGACUUCACCUACCUGCCGGUGGACCGUAAGGCAUACUGGCAGUUCAAGAUGGAUUCCGUGAAGGUCGGAGAUGCUGAGUUCUGCAACAACGGCUGCGAGGCUAUCGCCGAUACCGGUACCUCGCUGAUCGCUGGACCAGUUUCGGAAGUCACCGCCAUCAACAAGGCCAUCGGUGGCACUCCAAUCAUCAACGGCGAAUAUAUGGUCGAUUGCUCGCUCAUUCCCAAGCUGCCCAAGAUCAGCUUCGUCCUGGGAGGAAAAACUUUCGAGCUGGAAGGUGUCGAUUACAUUCUGCGUGUCGCUCAGAUGGGUAAAACGAUUUGCCUGUCCGGUUUCAUGGGAAUCGAUAUCCCGCCACCGAAUGGACCGUUGUGGAUUCUGGGAGACGUUUUCAUCGGAAAGUACUACACCGAGUUCGACAUGGGUAACGAUCGAGUCGGAUUCGCUACUGCGGCCUAGGGUUGGGAGGUCCUGUUUGCCAAAUAUUCGAAAAAUCUCUUUAGAAAGUUUCGUUCCUCUUUCCAGCUAACUUAACACUCGAUUUAUUCGAGUGUGUUUGUGUGCGUUAUGCCAAAUAAUUUCAUUCCGGUUAUAUUUUCACCUAGAAAAACAAUGUACGGUUGAGAUGGUCUAUUGCAAAUAAAAGUUCUAUGAAUCCUUGAAAA